GCUAGCCAACAUGGCCGUCAUGCAUGCAUUGCAUCCUUGAUACCGACGCAGUGCACGGCUAAUAAGCAGCAGAGAAAACCGAGACCGGAUUGUUUAAAUUCUUCGUCACCUUUUUCCACCCACGCCUGACCGGGAUAGCCUCCAGCGGCAGUGUCAUUUUCUGUCUUCCCCGGGGGUUCCCCUUCAAGGCCGGUCGUAAUGCUGUCCGAAGGCAACAAAAACGGGGAGGUGUCGGAGCCCAGCGCGGCCGCCGUGACGGAGGUGCAGCCGGACCCCGAGAGCUCCAUGACUCAGCAGCCGCCCUCCGGGGCCGAGGCGGAGAGCAGCGAGGGCCACCUGGAGGAGGGCACCAAUCAGAAGGCCUUCGCUGCCCGUAAGAUAUCCCUGACCAGCAGCAAGACGUCUCCACCCGCCACAGAUGGAGGAGCAGGCGACUGUGAGUCGGGGACGGCAGCGGGGAGGAAGAGGCGAUGGGGCUCCAGCUCGGCCGUCACCACCAAGAAACCAUCCAUCAGCAUCACCACCGACUCUCUGAAGUCGUUGAUCCCUGACAUCAGAGUGAAGGAGGAGGCGGUGGUGGAGCUGCACCCAGAGGAGCUGCAGAUGUCCGGGGACGAGGAGAGCCCGGACCCCAGCGCGGGGGACCAGGACAAGGGCCUCAAGAUCAGACGCACCGUCACACAGGUCGUCCCAGGAGACGCUCAGGAAAACGGACAGACAAACGAGGAGGAGGAGGAGGAGGAGGAGGUGGUGGAGAAAACGGAGAAAGAGAAACAGCGCAGGACUUCCAGAGACAAAAGGAAUAACAGCGUUUCUGAGGAAGCCAUGGAAACCCAGAUAUCUGUCAAGAUUGAAGGAGACGAAAAGAAAGUGACCCCUAGUGACAGCCUGGUGCGUCGCUCCAUCAGUCAACAGAAGUCCGGCGUUUCCGUCACCAUUGACGACCCCGUCCGCACGACCAGGCAACCCUCACCGCCUCAGGGCAAAGUCUCAACAAUCAUCCAUGUGACCAACCUGGUGCGACCCUUCACCCUGGGCCAACUCAAAGAGCUGCUGAACAGGACGGGCAGCGUGCUGGAAGACUGCUUCUGGAUCGACAAGAUCAAGUCUCACUGCUUCGUCACAUACGGUACCACAGAGGAGGCGGUCGCCACCAGAGCCGCCCUCCACGGGGUCAAAUGGCCUUCCAGCAAUCCCAAGGUCCUCAACGUCGACUUCUGUGAGCAGGAUGAGAUGGACAUUCACAAAGGCAUCCUGAAGCCAGUGAGGGAGAAGCCCCACGCUGUCGCCCCCCAAAGUGCUCCCCCGAGCCGGCUGCCCCCCCUGAUGCCUGAGCGAGACCAUGAGCGGGAACAGAACCCAGAGUGGGACCGGGGCAUGGGGGGAGUGCGGCAGCUGUGGGUGGAGCGGCAGAGAGAGAUGGAGCGCCGGGAACGAGCCCGUGGCGAGCGGGAAUGGGACCGGGAUAAGGUCCGGGAGUUCGCCCGGCCGGGAGAGGACAGACCCCGCUCUCGAUCCAGAGAGAGGAGGAGGAGGGAGAGGGCCAAGAGCAAGGAGAGGAAGACGGAGAAGAAGGGAGACGAGCCUCCUGCAAAGCUGCUGGACGACUUGUUCCUGAAGACCAAAGCAGCGCCGUGUAUCUACUGGCUUCCCCUCUCUGAGGAGCAGGCGGCGCACAGGACUCAGGAGCGCACCGAGCGGCAAAAGGAGCGCGUACAAAGGCGCAAGGAGCGACAGGAGGAGCUGGAGAAGAAGGCGGAGGAGGAGAGGGAGCGGCUGAAGGAGCGGCUGAAGGCUCGGGAGAAAGAUGGCGCGGCGGCGGCGCCGAGCGUCGGAGCGGCCGGGCGAGGAGCAGAGAGAGAGAGGGAGCGCGGCCGAGACAGGGAGCCCGACAGGAAGCGGGACGGCAGCAACCGACCCCCCCCACGACCCUCUGUAGGCGCCGGGGCAGGACGCCGCUCCCGUAGCCGUAGCAACCCCAGGGAUAGACGCCGCUGAACGCAGAGCGGCUGCAGGGAGAGAUAAACAGAGAGGGACGAGGGACACGGCAGACAGGAAGGGGUUCCACUCGGAGAUUCAUCUGUCUAUUUUUCUAACAUUCAGGACUCGUGGCUGCUGCUCGCUACCCGCCCCGCCGAGCUUUAAUUCGUCCACUUCGACACCACCGUUGUCUUCCACACACUUCUGCCAUUUCACCCUCCCUCCCUC